AUGGCGAAAGCAUAUGACAGAAUGGAGUGGCCGUUUGUGCAACGGAUGAUGUCUGGUUUGGGUUUUGAUGAUAGAUGGGUCCAGCUGGUUAUGUUGUGUGUGCAGAUAGUACGUUACAGGGUGUUGGUCAAUGGAAAGCCGACAGAGGAGAUAGUGCCCACGAGGGGGUUGAGACAAGGAGAUCCAUUGUCUCCUUAUCUGUUUAUAAUAUGUGCUGAGGGCUUAUCAUUGUUGUUGCAGGACUCUCAGGCUAAGGGUCUUUUACAUGGGUGCAGAGUGGCACGGGGGGCCCCAUCAAUUUCGCAUCUGUUUUUUGCAGAUGAUAGCUUACUCUUUUUUAAGGCUAAUAUGCAUGAAGCUCUGGAGGUUAAGAAAUGUCUGGGGAUUUAUGAGGCUUAUUCUGGGCAGGCGGUAAACUUUAAGAAAUCAAGCAUUACUUUCAGUCGUAAUACGCAGGUGGAAGUAAGGGACCUGAUUGCAGAUGCAUUGGGGGUGGGCCAAGCAGAUGAUUUUGGAAAAUAUCUUGAGCAAAAAUUGAGGCAGAGGUUCAGUUCAUGGAACAAGAAGUUGUUGUCUAAGGCUGGGAAAGAGGUGCUCUUGAAGAGUGUAGCGCAGGCAAUGCCCACCUACACAAUGAGCAUUUAUUUACUUCCUACGACUUUGUGUAUUGCUCUUGAAAGAUUGAUGAACAGGUACUGGUGGGGUCAGAGUGGUUCACAGGGAAGUAUUCACUGGAUGUCCUGGGACCGAAUGUGCGUCCCUAAGAAGUUUGGAGCCAAGCAGGGGUGGGGGCUAUUAACCAGUCCGGAGUCCCUUGUGGCACGCGUAUUUAAGGCCAGGUACUAUCCUACAUCCUCGUUUUAUGAAGCCACAAUUGGGGGUAACCCAAGUUAUGCGUGGAGGAGUAUAUUAGCAGGCCAGGCAUUGCUAAAGACUAGUUGCAGGCGAAGGAUUGGUAACAGAAGUACCACGAAUGGGUGGAAUAAUGACCUGCUGGAUGAGUUGUUUGCCCCACAAGAUGUUAUGUUGAUUAAGCAGCUUCCUGUGAGUUUGAAUUGUGAUGAUGAUUGGUUUUGGGACAGGGAUCUGAGGGGUUGCUACUCGGUAAAGGAUGGAUACAGGAGGAUGGGAGAGGUCAACGGCCCGUGUUUGCCUGCAUGGAGUAAUUUGUGGAGUUUACAGGUCCCCCCAAGAUGGAGAAUAUUUAUGUGGAGAGCUUUGUCUAACAUUCUGCCCACUCUUGAUAAUUUGCUUAAUAGAAGAGUAGAGUUGAUUAAUAUAUGCCCAGCGUGUGGUUUGGAGGAGGAGAAUAUCAUGCAUGCUUUAUGUACUUGCUCUUUUGCAUCACAAGUGUGGAAUUUCUCUCAUCUGUUAAUACCUACUUUUGACAACAGGAAUUUCAGCCAAUGGACUGAUCUUUGGCUUGGCAGCACGAGUACUUAUAAUGCUGAAGCACGGGAGAGGAUUUGUGGCUUGUUAUAUGACAUUUGGACUGCCAGGAAUGAGGCGGUUUGGAAUGGUUGUUUGCCAAUGCCAUGUGUGGUGGUCAAGAGGUUUACAGUCAAGUGGAUUUCUUGGACUACUGUGGAACAGCAACGGGGAAUCACGCGCAGAGCCCAUGCUACCUCCAGUUCGGCAACUAUGCUAGACGAUGGUGUGGUCUGUCAUGUAGAUGCAGGCUUUAAUGGUCCGACACAGGUCCCGGCUUACGGUUUUGUAGUGUAUGAGAUAGAUGGAACUUUUGUGGCGGCAGGAAAUGGCCCUCUGAAUUGCCCAUAUGACCCCCUCUUGGCGGAAGCAAUGGCUAUGUGUGAGGCUUUAUCAUGGCUAAGGGAGAAUGGAUACUCGAGGAUCUCAGUGUGCUCCGAUAGUCUUGUCUUAGUUUCUAGUCUUAAACAUGCAAGUUCAUUUCGUACUUAUUUUGGUUAUGUUUUGUUAGCUUGCAAUCGUUUGUUGUCUUCUAUGACUAGAUCAGUUGUUAUUCAUGUUCGUAGGGGUGUAGUACAGGAUGCCCAUGUCAUGGCUAAGCAUGUAACUGCCUCUUUGGCGCGAACUACCUGGAGGGAUUUACCCCCUUCAUUUCUUGAGCCUGGAAUGGCUAAUGCAGUAUAA